CUAAUGACAGAAAAUCGAUAAACAUUUGUCAUAUUAUUCGAGGAGUGAGACUUUAUUUUACAAACAAAUACGACUUACAUCGAAUUAUAGUAUAAGCCCUCGUCCAAAAUGGUUAUAGCAAUAGGGUUUGAAGGGAGCGCUAAUAAGCUAGGCGUGGGAAUAGUACGAGAUGGACAAAUAGUAGCCAAUUGUAGGAGAACCUACAUCACGCCGCCUGGUCAAGGCUUCCUACCCAGAGAGACUGCUGAGCAUCACCAGCAGAACAUCCAUGCAGUACUUCGGGAAGCUCUAGACCAGUCUGGGAUAACCCCAGACAUGAUUGACGUGGUUUGCUACACUAAAGGCCCUGGUAUGGGCGCUCCGUUGAUGGUAUGCGCCAUUGUCGCUAGAACCUGCGCAAAGUUGUGGAAGAAACCUAUUCUAGGAGUCAAUCAUUGUAUUGGACACAUUGAAAUGGGUCGCCUCAUAACAAAUGCUUACAAUCCAACAGUUUUAUAUGUGAGUGGUGGGAACACUCAGAUCAUAGCAUAUGACAGAAACAAAUACAGGAUAUUUGGUGAGACUAUUGACAUUGCUGUAGGCAAUUGUUUAGACAGAUUCGCGCGAGUGCUGAAGAUGUCCAAUGAACCUAGUCCAGGAUAUAACAUUGAGCAGGCUGCUAAAAGAGGAACGAAAUAUUUUCCACUACCAUACUGUGUUAAAGGAAUGGAUGUAAGUUUCUCCGGUAUCUUAUCUUUCAUGGAAGACAGAAUAGACGAUCUCCUUCAGAAGUUUACUCCUGAUGACUUGUGCUAUUCGCUUCAAGAAACUGUGUUUGCUAUGCUGGUGGAAAUUACGGAGCGAGCGAUGGCCCAUUGCGGCUCUGAUGAGGUCCUCAUAGUCGGCGGUGUAGGCUGCAACGUGCGCUUACAGGAAAUGAUGGGAGUUAUGUGUAAAGAACGAGACGCCAGAGUAUUCGCGACUGACGAACGGUUUUGUAUCGACAACGGAGUUAUGAUCGCGUGGGCUGGCGCCUUAGCCCAUUCAUCUGGAACUAAAAUGGACUUCAGUGAAUCAACUAUCACACAAAGAUAUAGAACUGAUGAUGUUGUUAUUACGUGGAGAGAUUAACUGCCUCAAGGUAGUUACGCCUGGCUUGUAUAAGCAAGAACGAUACUCCGCAGACUCAUACCAAAAUGUCAUGCUAUCAUUAUCAAGUGGAAAAUAGCUACAAUAAGACAUUUUAUAACGUCACACACCUGAGUAUCGUUCAUGCAUACGACUGUACUUUAAUGAUAAUGUUUUAAAACAUCGAUUUGUUGUCCCAUUUUUGGACAAACAUCUUCAUUACAAUUUUCUACUACAAACCAGAUGUAAUUAGUUAUUUAUGUCUUAUCAUACGAAUAUUUGCGUUAUUUGUACUUUAGCUGUAAGUUUUGAAGUCAUCAAAAUUAAACAUUAUAAUAUAAU